CCUCAUCCCUCGAGCGCUAUCAGUUCUCAGGCAGACUUGGAGACGUGUGCAACAAUCGAGAGAGCGUUAGUUAGAUAUUGCUUCAAGCGCUGUGUCCUACUGUUUCAUUGUACAUCUCAAACACGUACUUCAUAUUCUGAAACAGGCUUGUCCUCACAACCUCAUUCACUCCAUUUGCCUUUGUACACCUCGUCUUGAUCUUCUAGAUUUUUGAUCUUCAAUAUUUCCAGCCAUUGAGACUCACUGACUUCGUUAUCGGGUGCGAAUUGUAAGUUUGCGUGCGAACAAGGACUGCUACGCAUACAUAUUCAAACCGCUACUCAUCCCGGCGGAACCAUCGCUCUAAAGUCCUUUAACCUAGUUCAAUUAGAAAAGCAACAAGCCAACAUACCUCGACCCAUCCAAAAUGUCAUUCUUCUCCACAACCGCCACCCUCCAUCACACGACCCCGCUCCCCUCCGGCACAACGUUCGCCUCCGCACUAGCUCAUCUCCAAAACCACGACCUCCUAAUCCGCCUCGACCCUGAACUCGCACACUACGAAACUCUCGACUCUGACCCCUCAACCCCGAACACAAAACGCUACAAAGUCACAGAUCACAUGCACACACUUCCUAAGGGGCUUUGGGAUACCACGGUCACGUUUGAGAGUUUGAUUACGAACACUGAUGAGGGCGUGGAGUGGGUUAUUAAGGCGCCGCUAGGGUUGGUGCAGAGUACGAGGUGGAGGAUUGUUAGGGCUGGGGAGGAGGAGGAGGAAGGGAAGGGAAGGGUUGUGAAUGGUGGUCAGGAUGAAGAUAUGGUCGAAAAGGAAGAGAAGGAAGACUGGUGCUUAGUUGAGGAUGUGGAGAUUAAAGCUAGCAGGUUGUUAGUUGGGACUGUGAGGGGGAAGUGUGAGGAGAAUUGGAGAGGGAUCCAUGGGCGGUUUGUUGGGCAUUUGGUUGGAGGGGAGGUCAAGGCUUAGUAUAUCCCAUCUUUGGAAGUUUGAGGCCACCUUUAUUGCAUUUGGC